AAAGAGACGCAAGCAGCGGCGACGCCAUUUGCUGCGGCUGAACGUGAGCGCCGGCCGAUCUCGGAAGAACUCGGUCGCUAGGCUCUCCCGCGCACGCGACCCGGCCUCUUUUGCCUGCUUGGUACCGCGCGGUGCCACGCGUCGCCCCUGGGGCCCCUCGGAGGAGUCGCCGCUGCCGCCGCCGCCACCACCACCCCCAGGAUAGGAGUCGGAAACGCCGGGAGGCUUCCGUCACCGCCAUGCCCAAGAAUAAAGGUAAAGGAGGUAAAAAUAGACGCAGAGGUAAGAAUGAGAAUGAAUCUGAAAAAAGAGAGUUGGUGUUCAAAGAAGAUGGACAAGAGUAUGCUCAAGUAAUCAAAAUGUUGGGAAAUGGACGAUUAGAAGCAAUGUGUUUUGAUGGUGUAAAGAGGUUAUGUCACAUCAGAGGGAAAUUGAGAAAAAAGGUUUGGAUAAAUACUUCAGACAUUAUAUUGGUUGGUCUCCGAGACUACCAGGAUAAUAAAGCCGAUGUAAUUUUAAAAUACAAUGCAGAUGAAGCUAGAAGUCUGAAGGCAUAUGGCGAGCUUCCAGAGCAUGCUAAAAUCAAUGAAACUGAUACAUUUGGUCCUGGAGAUGAUGAUGAAAUUCAGUUCGAUGACAUUGGAGAUGAUGAUGAAGACAUCGAUGAUAUCUAAAUUGAAUUCAACAUUUUACAUUCCAAUUUCUCUGAGGAUUGUUCCCACAAUUUGGAUUUUGGCUGUGACCUGUUAAGGAAGAUUAAAAUUUCAUUAGCAUUAAUACAGUUUGUUAAAGCAGA